CUUCACUUGUCUCAUAAAUAACCAAACGAAUAACACCAUGAGCAACAGCAACCAACAGGUCUCUGCGCCGUGCUGGCCAACUGGUGUGCCUCGCGCAGAUAUCGAGGGGCUGUGCAAGCAGCUCGACUACACGUUCGUGGACAUCCCGGACCUAGUGGACUCGGACGACGACGAAGUGGAAAUGGCGGAGGCUCCUACGAACCCGCAAUGUGAAGCCAGCUCUAGAUUUGCGCCGUUGCAGCAGCCUUGGCCUGGCACGGCAGUCUGGCCGCCAACCACAGCUACAGCCGCUUCGACGGUGCCGGCGUUUGCGCCUCAGCCGCAGCGCUCACCGGCCCAGGCAGCCGGCGCAGCUGCCCCCAGCAGCUGGGCCGCCAGCCAUCACGGCCAUUUCCUCAACCCAGGCAUGGUGCCGCCGGGCUUCGCGCCCCAGCCGCAGCAACUCGGAGCCGCCAUACCAGGACCAUCCUCCGGCGCACCCACCGCAGCACCGCCAGCACAAGCAGCUGCCAGUUACAACGCCAACAAUGCUAUGUCCGGCCCGGGAAGCUUCGUGCAGCAGCAGCAGCAACAGCCGCUGCCAGGUGUGGCGUGGGGCCCGGAGCACCUGCGCCGCCUGCAGCAGCAGCCGCUCCUUGUGCAGCCGGCCGCCUACAGGGCGACGCAGCCGGCAGGGCGCCCGGGCAACUCCCCAGCCGGCUCGUGAAAGCAGGGCUGUGGGUGUAAUCGCCGUACAGCCAACAUGCGGUAGACCAGACUUCGAUUGUUCCGGGAGGGAACCGCGCGGCGCCUGUGAGGCAACAAGCCGGCCGGCUGCGUGUGGGAUGCCCUGGGCCCGCUCGCCUCGCCCCAGCGCCCCGGGCCAUGCCAGCCUGUGGCCCUCGUGCCGGGCGGCGACGCCCCACUACCACCAUCACCACCAACCAUCGCCCACCACCACCCAGCCCCAAUGCCCAGUAGGCCGGCUACCAGGCCGUGCGGCGGGCGCACGCCGCCACGCUGUUGGCGCAUCGCCCAGUCGCCCAGGGACACACACACACACAUACACACACACACACUCACACAUACACACACAGCUGCUGCGGUGGCUCUCAUUUCUUGUCUGCGAGACGGCUGCGGGGCGGCUGUAAGCUUUAAGGUCUUGGCGACGGCGGUGGCUGCCGCCGAUGGCGCCAUGUCGCUUGCCUGGCGAGCGACUCGUGGCGCUGCGCACGAGAAGGCACGGGGUGGCUGUCCGUCAGGUCUGACAUGACCGCAUGCGUGUGCUGUUGUACGUCGGCGGGCGGGGGGAAAUGAGCAUGGAGGUUCAUGCCCCCAAAGUGACCGGGGGCCGUACACUGAGGGCGCGUCCGAAGGGUGGUGGUCCAGAGCAGGGUGCGCUGCGGGCCAUGAGGCCCAGUCGGAGAGCAGAGACGCGAGGAUAAGGGAUCUUUUUUGAUGUUGGUGUCGUGGUGGGGCGAGCAAUCGGGUAGCGUGCGGUUUGCGGGAUCACGACUAAGCCGGUUGACGUGUGGAAAUCUUGGGUGAAGCGCAACCGGGGUGGCGGGGUGGCAGCAGCGCGACUGAUGCUGGGCUGGCCCCGGAAAGGGGCCGCAGGGGGCCGCAGCAAUUAAAGCGGUGUGGACGGGUGCACAUUGUGGCAGGCAGCGCAUGGUCGGAGGAGGUCUGGGCCGUGCGGUUGAUUCAUACGUUGCAUUUGGGUGCUGAGGUGUGAUGCUUGGUGGGGCGAGGGUUGACAAGGAAAAGUGCGCGGUCAUUGUGUACGGCACCGGAGUUCUGACACGGCUCCCGAUUCACGUGUGCCUCUUCCCUUCCCUUCUUUUAACAUC